AUGAUAUCCUCUCGACCUCUCCUCAUUUUCAUCGGGCUUGCAGCCCUGAGCAUGACAACAGUGUUCGCUCAUCCACUUAUAGAAGCGAGAGCACUACCUCCAGCUCUUGACCCAUUUUACCGGGCUCCAGCAGGCUUCGAGUCCGCAGCCCCAGGCACUAUUGUGAGGCAACGUACUGUGCAGACAGCAUUCCUGGGUCUGAUCGCAAAGCCAGUGGAAGCAUACCAACUGCUCUACCGCACGACAGCCAUCGACGGCUCGGCCAUUGCAACAGUAACCACAAUCUUCAAGCCUUCGGACUCGAAGACGGAUCGCUUUGUCUCGUUCCAGACAGCAUAUGACAGCUCCGCACGAAUUUGCAAUCCGUCCUACAACUACCGGCUUGGGUCUGUCCAGGUGGAUCUCAUUUCGUCCUUCGAGCAGGUACUUUUGCAGACCUAUCUUCUCGAAGGCUACAUUGUCGCCUCAUCUGACUACGAAGGCCCAGAUGCGGCUUUUGGGGCUGGUCGACUUGCGGGGAUGGGUGUCCUGGACGGCAUGCGAGCUGUCUCGAAUUUCUACGAGACUCUGGGACUAGACAACGACACGCCCAUGAUUGUCGGCACCGGAUACUCUGGUGGAGGCAUUGCCACUGGUUGGGCGGCCUCCUUGCAUCCCACAUAUGCCAGCGAGCUGAAUGUCAGAGGAUGGAGCUCCGGAGGAACGCCCGCAAAUGUGACAGGCACCGCUGUCUUCGUCGACGACACGACUUUCAGCGGUUUCCUCCCUGCCGCUUUCGCCGGACUGUCGAAAGACAGUUCCUACGGCGCCCUGUUAGACCCAGUGAUCGCUCGACUAGCCACACCCUACGGCAAAGCCCAGAUCGCAGCUGCGAGCGUCAACUGCGCACCCGCCGACCUCCUCAACUUCGCGCUCAUGUCAGUCCAAGACAAGUCUUUCCAAAGGCUCGGCGACCAGAUCUUCUAUGAACCUACCGUUGCUGCUAUCCUAGAGGACAACCUCAUGGGCCGUAACGCGAACGAAACGCCCACUGCCCCAGUCCUGCUCUACCACGCUUCCCGGGACGAGAUCAUCCCUUACUCCAACGCUACCACCCUCUACGAUACCUGGUGCCGUAACGGAGCAGACGUGCACUUCACCACCUUCGGUAACGGCGGCCAUCUAACGACAGAGAUCCUGGGCCUGCCAAUGGCGGUGCAAUUCGCCAACUCGGCGUUCGCGGGCACGUUGUCGAGUGGGUGUUCGAAGGACACGGUGCUGGAUGAUACGCUGGAUCCGCUGGCGUUGGGAGCGUCGCUGGAGCCGGCGUUGGUUAGAUUGAUUAACGCGCUUGGGACGUUGGGAGAGGCGGAUGAGCAUUUGAUGGGGAAUUUGGGUUUGAUUAAGGUGCCGGCGGCGAAGGGGAAUUGA